UACGACGCUCUGUCACCCAUGUACACCCCUCUACACCCAUCUGUUACCCAUGUACACUCCUCUAAGCUCAACCGUCACCCAUGUACACUCCUCUACACCCUUCUAUCACCAAUGUACACCCCUACACCCUUCUGUUAUCCAUGUAUACUACUCUGCGCUCCUCUGCCACCCACGUACACUCCUCUACACCCCCAACACCUCUCUGUCACCAAUUUACACCACUCUGUCACCCCCUACGCCCCCUUUCACCCAUUUACACCAAUCUAUCACUCAUAUACACUCCUCUAAGCCACUCUGCCACCCAUGUACACAUCUCUACACCCCAACACCCCUCUGUCACCUACGUACACCCUUCUAUCACCCCGUACACCCCUCUUUCACCCCUACGUCCCCCUGUCACCCAUGUACACUACUCUACGAUCCUCUGUCACCCAUGUACACUCCUCUACACCCCUCUGUCACCCAUGUACACUCCUCUACACCCCUUUGUCACCCAUGUACACCCCUCUACACCCAUCUGUUACCCAUUUACACUCCUCUAAGCUCCUCCGUCACCCAUGUACACUCCUCUACACCCUUCUAUCACCAAUGUACACCCCUACACCCUUCUGUUAUCCAUGUAUACUACUCUGCGCUACUCUGUCACCCACGUACACUCCUCUACACCCCCAACACCUCUCUGUCACCAAUGUACACCACUCUGUCACCCCCUACGCCCCCUUUCACCCAUUUACACCCAUCUAUCACUCAUAUACACUCCUCUGAACCACUCUGCCACCCAUGUACACACCUCUACACCCCCAACACCCCUCUGUCACCUAUGUACACCCCUCUAUCACCCCGUACACCCCUCUUUCACCCCCUACGUCCCCUUGUCACCCAUGUACACUACUCUACGAUCCUCUGUCACCCAUGUACACUCCUCUACACCCCUCUGACACCACUCCUCUGUUACCAUGUACACUCCUCUACGCUCCUCUAUCACCCAUGUACACUCCUCUACACACCCAACACCUCUCUGUCACCCAUGUUCCCCCCUCUGUUACUCCCUACGCCCACUGUCACCCAUGUACACCCAUCUAUCACCCAUGUACACUCCUCGACACUCCUGUUACCCAUGUUCACCUUUCUGCUACCUUUUUACUCGUCAACUUUGGAAUGUUCCUAAUCUCUGUACCUGAGAUAUGGUUGUGUUAUAUAUAAAGCUGUCCAUAGACGAUAUACUUAUUAAAAACACAUAUAUCUUCAUGUAUACGGGAAAGACUAUGACAUGUCUGCAGGUCUAGAUUUUACAUCUAGCCUGAUUGUUAUCAGUAAUUAAUAUAAAUAUUAAUUACCUGUUUCGUGGUUCCUUUCUUGCAGCUAACGGGGGUAUAUGACACGUUCACCUUUUCACCGGGCAUUAGUCCUCUGUAAAAAAGACACAGCUAACGGGGGUAUAUGACACGUUCACCUUUUCACCGGGCAUUAGUCCUCUGUAAAAAAGACACAGGUAUGAUAACAUGUUCCUGAUACAUGCUACAGACGCUAAUAUAUAUAACACUCUAGGGCCAGAACUACUUAUCUCAGGAAUUAUAGAAAAAAGAGUGGAAAAAGGAACUUAAAAUAUAAUGUAUAUUUUUGUAAUAUAUUUUAUCUAAAUGUUUUAUAUAAUAUACAACAGUUAAUCAAGUAAUGGUAAUGUAGGCCUCUGUACACUCCUCUUCACUCCUCUGUUACCCAUGUACACUCCUCUACACCCCUCUGUCACCCAUGUACACUCCUCUACACCGCUCUGUCACCCAUGUACACCCCUCUACACCCAUCUGUUACCCAUGUACACUCCUCUAAGCUAAACCGUCACCCAUGUACACUCCUCUACACCCUUCUAUCACCAAUGUACACCCCUACACCCUUCUGUUAUCCAUGUAUACUACUCUGCGCUCCUCUGCCACCCACGUACACUCCUCUACACCCCCAACACCUCUCUGUCACCAAUUUACACCACUCUGUCACCCCCUACGCCCCCUUUCACCAAUCUAUCACUCAUAUACACUCCUCUAAACCACUCUGCCACCCAUGUACACAUCUCUACACCCCAACACCCCUCUGUCACCUACGUACACCCUUCUAUCACCCCGUACACCCCUCUUUCACCCCUACGUCCCCCUGUCACCCAUGUACACUA